CACUUUCACAAAAGUUUUCCGAUUUACUUUUGAAAUCACAUAAAUUGGGGCUCUCUUUUUCCCAUUCCGCAAGAUUUCUUCGUUUUCAAAACGAAAACAUUUUCGUUGACGAAAUGAAAAGUAAACGGCUUUUUAUACAACAAAACGAACCCUAAUUGCAAAAGGAAAAAAAUAGAUGACUUAUUGAUGCAUUAACAUAAACUUGAUACCUAUAUCAGGGUAAUUUAACUUGUGCUUUUUUUAUAAAUAAUUUUAUUUUAACCCAACCUCAAAUUUGGUUCGGACAAAAUUGGCCACAGCAACAACAAAUUUCGUUUUGGUGUAAGCAGCUGACGCAUUCCGAUUUGGUUAUCGGAACGUUGGCAAGUAAUCAAUUUUUGCGUAUAACAGCACAAAUGUGCAUGUAACAGCUCAGACUGUGCUUGUAACAUGCGCUUAACAGAACGUCUGGGUGAGCACAGCUGUUUCCCGCCCAAUUUAAUUCGGACUUCAAAAUGGGAAAGCAUAAAUCAUCUCUUCAAGAUGAAAUCCUGGUGGGUUUUAUGAAAGACAACCCGGACUUGGCAAAAGGAUUUGUGAAGGGCGACCUAGUUGUUGUCGAUGCCAAGUGGGCAGAGCUUUGCGGCGCUCUCAAUGCUGUUGGGCCGCCAAUCAAGGACGCAUUGGGUUGGAAAAAGGUUUGGGCAGAUUGGAAAACAAACAUCCGCAAGAAGAUGGCGAAAAACAAAUCAGAAACUCGAGCUACAGGUGGAAGGCCCUUCGCUCAGCAAUCGCUUGGGGAAUUGGAGGAGGAAGUGGCCAAGCUAUGUGGCCUCUACGAAAUGGUGGAAGGAGUAGGUGGGCCAGCGUAUGGACUUCCCCCCGUACGACCAAGGAGGCCGACACUGGGGUUAAGUGCGUGAUGGAAGACCCCAUUGAGGAGGAACCCUCAGAGAAGGACGAACCCUCAGAGAAGGAGGAGCCCAUGCCGAAGCGCCGUCGAACUAGACCAGCGCAGACCAUGGACCUCAACGAUCUCUGCGCUGCUCAGCUGGAUGAAAUGUCGGCAAUUUCCAAGAAAAUUUCGGAACAUUUCGAACGAAUGGAAUCGUUAGAGAAGGAGAAGCUCGAGGUCCAAAAGGCGCUUGUAGACAAAUUUAGCCAAAUUUUGGACAAAUUUGCGAAAUAAUUAGUUUCCUAUUAGUUUUUUUGUGAAACUUAGCUUUAUUAGUUAUAAAGAAUAUCGAAUGACAUAAAGAAGAAAACAUGAAAAA